GCUACUUGUAGCUUGGUAAACUACUCUUCCUCUUUCCCGAAAGCUAGUGUUUAUUUUGUAUAAAAGGAGAAAUCAAUGAUCAUUACUGUGUUCUGCUCAUUUCUCUCUCUGUUUUUUUCUCUCCAUUUUUCCUUUGAGCAAAAACGUUACAUGGUAUCAGAGCCUCCUCUAAUCCUUGAGAGGCUGUGAGGGAGUGAAAAUUGAGAGUGAGAGACACCCAAACAGAACCCAAACACCUUGAACCCUAAAAAUGGAAUCUGGUUCUAGUUUCAUAGCAAAAACAGCAUUUUUCAAUGGUCAUAACUACCCAAUUUGGUCAGUCAAAAUGAAGGCUUAUCUAAGGGCUUUCAACCUUUGGAAAGUGGUGGAAACCGACCAACAGCCACCACCUUUAAGGCAGAAUCCCACCUUGGCUCAGAUAAAGCAGCAUACUGAAGAAGUUACGAAAAGGUAUAAAGCCUUGACUUGUAUUCAUUUUGCAGUAACUGAUGAGAUUUUCGACAGAAUUAUGCGUUGUGAAACAGCCAAAGAAGCCUGGGACUUGUUGAAGGUAGAGUUUCAAGGUGACAGCAAGGGAAUUCAGAUGCAAGUUUUGAAUCUGAAAAGGGAAUUUGCUAUUUUGAGGAUGAAUGAGUCUGAAACUGUUAAAGAGUUUUCAGAUAAAAUAAUGAAGAUUGUGAAUCGAAUCAGAUUGCUGGGUGAUGAAGAACUCUCUGAUAAGAGGGUUGUUGAGAAGGUGUUGGUCAGUUUGCCAGAAAAAUUUGAGCACAAGAUUUCCUCUUUGGAAGACUCCAAGGAUCUUUCCAAAAUUCCUUUAACUGAACUUAUCAACUCUUUACAAGCUGUUGAACAGAGAAAAGCCUUAAGGUCCCAAAGCAAUGUGGAAGGUGCUCUCUUGGCUACCGAAAAGGCUGAGUAUACUUCUCAUAGAUUCCAACAGUUUUUGCAGCAACAUGGAAUUCAUCAUCAGCUCACAAUUCCUUACACACCUCAACAAAAUGGUGUGAGUGAAAGGAAAAACAGAUCUAUUUUGAAUAUGGCCAGGUGUUUGCUAUUUGAGAAGAACUUGCCCAAGAAUUUUUGGGCUGAAGCAGUUUACACUGCUGUGCAUUUGCAGAAUAGAUUGCCAACAAAAGCUAUUGAAGGCACAACUCCUUUUGAAGCUUGGUCAGGGAACAAACCUGUUGUAGAUCAUUUGAAAGUUUUUGGUUGCAUUUGCUAUGUAUUUAUACCAGAUGAAAAGAGAGGCAAGUUGGAUGAAAGGGCAAAUACUUGUGUUUUUAUUGGUUAUAGCCUACAGUCUAAAGGCUAUAGAGUUUUCAACCUUAAGACUCAAAAGAUUGAAGUUUGUAGAAGUGCUAAGUUUGAUGAAAGUGCAGCAUGGGAUUGGGAAAAAUCCCAAGUUACAAACUCAGAUCAGGUUGCUAAAUUGCAUGACAAACCAGAACUUGAAGUAGAUUUUGAUGAUGCAGCUAAUGAAUCAGAUUUAAUUGAUGAUGCACCAGUGAGAGGAACUAGAACCCUGGAAGACAUUUAUAGUAGAUGCACUUUGUCUACUGUUGAGCCCUCAAAUUAUUAUGAGGCUACAAAUUCGGAUGCAUGGAGAGCAGCAAUGAAGGAGGAGCUCAAAAUGAUUGAAAAAAAUGACACCUGGACUUUGCAAGACAUGAAACUAUCAGACUGUUGUUGGCUCUUGCAGCACACAGAGGCUGGAGUGUCUUCCAUCUUGAUGUCAAAUCAGCAUUUUUAAAUGGCAAAUUGGAAGAAGAAAUAUUUGUUGAACAGCCAGAAGGGUUUGUGCAAGAUGGUGCAGAGAAUAAAGUUUAUUUGCUUAAAAAGGCCU